CGCUGCCCUCCUAGAGAGUCUUCCGCGACGUUCGAGACUGCGAUUGUGCAAAGAAUCCAAUUCGCAGAAAACCGAGGGCUGAGGUGCUGGGCCGACGCGGGAGCGUGUUCUGUGCGUCCGACCCUGCUGGAGCCAACUAGUGACAGUGGCGGGGAGGUGGGGACGUUGGACAAACUAGAGGAGGACUGGAGGUAGCCAGGAAGAGGGCACCGACGUAGUAGAGUAGGAACUGAGAGGGGCACAGCCCUAGUCCCAGGAGGGCUAGAGGAGAUGGCAUCUCACGGGCAGGACUCCCGGUGUUCGAAAACGAGAAGCGAGCACCUCUUUGUCAGCCCCAAAGCAGCGGGAUACCAAACUGCUAGAGGGGCGGCUGCUAGGCCUCAUUUGUCCCCUGAGGUGCUUAAACUGCUAAUAUCUGUACCAGCCACAAGUAUGGCAGUGUGCGAUCUCCGGAGUUGCUGGGUACAGCAGAGUCUCAUUGACUACCGAAAGAAACGAUCACGAGAACCUCCACUAUAUGAAAGCUUCCAGCCGCGCCGGACCCUUGACACUAGCGCUCGAUCUUCCGCAGUCACCCUCACUGAAUUACAUAGUUGCCCUAGUGAACGCUUGGAUUCCGGGAGCAGGUUUGCUGAGACCCACAUGAGUCCUCAUACAUCAACAUAUCUAAGUAUGUUACAUAAAUUUUUCACACCAGACAACCUAACAAAGUGGGAGAAAAGGGUUAAAGGAAAGACAGUAUUGGCACUGAAGAAGCUAAACAAGGAAAUGGAAGAAGUUCAAAUCCACAGGGACCUGGUACUGGAGGAAUGCAGAGCACUACACAAGGAAAAGUUACUUGUUGAAGCUGACAGCAAAUUCUUUCUGGAAUACCUAGCCCAGAAAAAUAAGCACUGUAGACAGCUACAUGAAGACCUCUGGAAGGAGUAUUUUCAAAAAUGUGGGGCGAUAGAAAAAAGGAGACAAGAAUUAUCCUCCAAAUAUGCAAAGCAAACUUCAGACCUUAAAGCACAACAACUGCAGGGGAAAAAGACACAAGCCAAUUUAAAAGAGCAGUUGAAGGCCUUAAAGAAUAUUUCAAAAAUAAAAGAGAAACAGGACAUGAGAAUAGAGUCCUUAGAAAAGGAGAAAGAGAAAAUCAAAGCUGAAACACCACUAAAGGACCAGAAAGCACACUUGCAAUUCCUCCAGCAAAAAGCACUCCUGGAGAAGCAACUGACUGAUCCAUACAAGAAGCAGUCAGGAGAGAGAAAAAAAUUUAUUAAGGCACAGACCUUGGAGUCCAUAGCACAGAAGUCUAGUUUUGAGUUCUGCCGUGGGGUCUACAAAGAGAACCUACAGUUACAGGAGGAAUUACUGCAGCUACUCGAGAUAUCCAAGAAGUUGAAGGCUGCUCGAAGCCAGUUAGAAAACCAGAAGCAGCAGCUGGAGCAGGAACAGUGGUAUCAGGAAUGCUUAAUCAGGGGGAAGCAAAGACUGCAAGCAAGGCCUCACUGGUGCCCAAAAGAAGAAGGUGCUACAAAGACCACAUUGAGCCCUAUCAGUACCAAAGCAAGAAUUAAAUCCAAAGUAAUUCCUAAAAUAACAUGAAAUAAGAAUUGGAGCAAAUAUUCUUAGUUACUACAUAAACGCGUACUAAGAAGGCUUUUGGAUUGCAGAUUACUAGGCUAAAAUAUCCGUUGUGGAAAAUCAUUUUGAUAUUUCUCAUCACUACAAUUUCUAAAACAAAGUUGAAUAUAUUUUCCAGUAGAGAAACAAUGUUAAAAUAUGGGAUCAUACUCUGUUCUAGGAUUCACAGUCCAAUAAAUCACUGGUCUAGCCUCAGUCUGUCAUAAAUACAAAAAAUACAACUACCUUAAAAGACUAAUUUAAAAUACUGUUUUAAAAGUAUUAAGAUAUUUGGAUACCUUUUUUCUUUUUUGAGUCUUGUUCCAUUUAUUUUCUGUAGCAGCAUUUGAAAUUCUAAAGAUGACAAAAAUUCUAAGUAUUUCAGGUCAUGAGUUUUUUCUUACAUAUGUACUUUGUGUACCACAAAGUUCCUUUGUAAUGUGUAUGUUCCAUAUAUUUAUGCUCAUUUAGAACUAGGACUCUUAUUUUAAAUUAGUGUAGACUUUCUUUUAGAGGAAUUGUAUUUUUUGCAUUUGACUGAGGCUAGACCAGUGAUUUAUUGGAAUGUGAAUCCUUGCAUGAUGAUCCCAUAUUUUAACAUUGCUUCUCUAAUGGAAGAUAUAAUCAACUUUAUAUUUUCCAGAAAAACUUCAAAAUUUCUGAGUUUUCGGGUUCAUUCAUAUGUAAAAUAAAUUCAUUUAAAAUUAAAUUUUAAAAAAUUCUCCCUCAAUAUGCCUUUAAC